AAAGUCAAGUUAAAAAAAAAUAUUUAUUUUAUAUAUUCUUUGUAAAUUAUGAAACUUUAUGUAAAAAAUGUGUCCUGCAUUUUUCAUGUCACUACAGAAACAGUGUAUGUUUCUGUCCAUUGGCCAAGACUGAUUUUAACUACACCCCUAAAUUUAUGAUCAUGAAAUAUUCCUUUGACCCCCCUCUCUCAUAACUACAAGGUGUGAGUAGAUAGGUUUUAUUAUUUUGAGGUAAAUUGUUUUCAAAAGUCUGAAAAUCUAUGUGUAACUAUUUUCUGAAAUUAUUUUACUUUCUUGAUAAUAGUUAACAACACACAUAAUUACUGCACCUCCUCCUGUUGACAUACUUUCAUAUAGUUUCAUAGACCUCACGCAACUGUAAUUUUCAAACAGGUCUUACAGGUUCAUUCCAGUGGAUGUGAGGUAUCUUGCCCAACGAGUUAUGCUGUUCUUUGCACCUUUUUCAUUUGCCAUGUCUCAAGUUUUUCAUUUAGUCCAACGGUACAUUUACAGGAGCAGACAACACGAAGACACCUACAGUCACUGAGACUGAGACUCUUCCUUUUCACAUCAACAUGAUUUUCAGGAGUUGUUUUAUUUGAAAAAGGAGAGUGGGAAAACCCUGGACUCUUUUGGGUUUUGCCAAAGGAAGAAGGGUCCAGGGCUUGACCAGGGCUGGUAUUCACCGAGACAGGAGAAGAAGAGGUUAUGACCAGUGGUUUGAUUAAGAGUCUGUUUCCUCUACUUCUGUACUUUACCAUUAACUAUUCAAGUGCACUAUCCACACCUCUGAACGCCUCAAUGCAUUCUGUAAACAUGAUGCACAUCCUGAAAUGGAGCAUCUUGAAAGCAUCGUGUUCCACAGUCAACUACUCUGUGCAGUUUCAAGGGGAGUAUGAGUUGUACAAUCUUAACGGAACAUGGGUGGAUGCUUAUGACUGCCAAGAGAUCAGUGAAAACAGGUGUGACCUCACCCAUGACCUGGCCUCCAACUCUGAUUACAGUAUCCGCAUAAAAACAACCUGUGAUGGCCAGAAAUUAUGGACACAACUACCAGCGACCUUCAACAGGAGAGACACAGUGUUACUGGUUCCAAAAAUGACGAUGAAUGUAGAGGGGGAUCUAAUCCAGGUGGACUUUAGCACAACUCUUUCUGAUAUGACUGUAAACCUUGAAGUCUGGAAGGAGGGGGACGAACAGAAUGCCUUAAUUCAUGUGAUCAGAGCUUAUCCAUAUCAUUUUUCCAUUGCUGCCCAUCGAGGGAAAGAGAAGAUGUGCUUCAAGGCAGAAGCACUAUUAGAAGCCAUUAACAAGAGCUGCAGCAUUGACACACAGUGUGUCAUCAUACCUAAGCAGACAUCUGACUUUAUGAGGCUGGUGAUGGUGAGCAUCGCUGUAGUGGUAGCAGUUACCGUGGCUUUUAUUCUGGGAUGGCUGGCAACACAUCUUGGUCCACAGAUCAAACAAACCUUUUGCUACAGGGAGACCAUUCCCAAUCUUGAUGACUGGCCCACCAGAACACCCAUCCUUUGUACUGAUGUUUCACUGGAGCCCACAGACCCUCUUUUGCUGCUCCUCUCAGCAGAGCAUCAGUGCACAACGGUGCAGUUAGGAGGGUACAGGCUGAAGGAGGUGGAAUGCAGAACAUGAGCUGAAAAAAUAAUUUAAAAAAUGACGGUGUGGUACAUACCCCAGUUUUGAAGUCUCGAUUUGGUACAUUUUUUGUACAGCAGGGGGAUAACUAAACAUAUAGACUUUUUUUUUAAAAAUUAAGUAGUGGUUUAUUGAACUAUUGCUCUGUAUUUAAAUCAAUUCAAUUAUAAUUAAAAAUGUAUGUAUAUGUAUAUGUAUAUGUAUAUGUGUGUGUGUGUAUAUAUAUAUAUAUAUAUAUAUAUAUAUAUAUACACACACAAGGAGCAAUAUUGCUUGUGCAUUACUAUAAUAUUAAAGGUUACAAUUAACAACAGAGCCCAAACUAUUAAAUACAAUUUCUACUUAUUUUUAGAUAUAAUAAGCACUCCAAGAAAUGCAAACAUGUAAAUUUCACAUAGUUAUAAAUAUAAUAAUCAAAUGAAACAAAAUGUAUGCAAACAUGUCAAUUGCACAUAGGGCAGUUUUACAUUAACUUCUAAAUGCAAUUACAAAGUUAUGUUUCUACUCAAUUUGUUGUUUAAAUAUAAUAUUUAGGCUACAUGGUGUCUGCUUAUAACUUGUUUUCAUGACAGAUUUAUUUUAUCAUACAUUAAAUCAGGGUUUCUUAAAGUUGGGUCACACAGCCAAGGGUUCUACAAAAUAAUUUUAGGUCUGUGUGAUUUCCGCAGUGUGCAAAAUGUGGACUGAAUCUAGUCAUAAAAUGUAAUUUACUUUAUAACAUUUAAUGACACAUUUUUUGAGCAAAUCUUGGAUGAAUAAUUCAAAAGUAUCUCUGUACACUACAUGGAAUAGUAUCUGUGAAUAUUAAAGCACAAAAGAACUUCUAUUUAAAUGUGAAGGUUGCUUGUGCUGCGCAUCUCUGAGUGAAUGAAUGUCAUGGACAGGGUUUCAUGAAGCACAUGCGGCAUGAUGCCUGAAUUUUUUCCAUUCUCUACCGUCUCAAUAUAUGAGGACAUCAUGAACACAUGAGCUUCAUCUUCAGAGAUACUCUGAGAGUCAUUUCACCACCUUUUCACAAUUUCAUGUCUAAUUAAAUGUCAAAUCUAUCAUCAUAUCAUAUACAGAAAGUAGAAGGUCUUCACGACAACCCAUCAAAAAGUAGAAUGUACUUCUCAAUGUAAUAAUAGUAAUAAUAAUAGUAAUACAAUUAUUUUUUACAAAUUAAGGAGUAAUCCCACAAUUUUGUCUUCUCUGUUUUAAUUUUAACAAUAAACAUCUGUUGUGCAGCGUAUUGUUUUGCAAAAAAUGAAAGUAAUAUUUAAAUUUCCUUUGAUUACAUUAAAGUUAAUGAUUAAUGCCUUCAUUUUUGAACAUAGUGUAAAAAGUGUCAACAAACGAUUUCAAAAGCUAAAACUGUUUUUGAUAACACAUGAACAACUGUGUGUGACCUGAUUUGCCAUCUACAAAUUACAAAUACACCUGUUGAAUCAGAAAACAGUUAUGCUUAUGUCACAUUAUUACAUUUACAUGUCUAAAUUUCUAUGAUCCCCAAUUUUAAGU